AUGCAAGACAAUCGAAAAUAAAUACUAAAAUCCUAAGAUUCUGAUAGUAGCAUGAAGAAUACAGCCAAUACCAUAACAAAAAUAACAAAUAAAAAAAUACAACAGUUGGCCUUUUUAAAAUAAUUUCCUUUAUAAAGAAAAUCUACUGUUGUUGAAAAAGUGAAUAAGUUAAUAGAUAAGACAUAGAGUAAAUUGAAGCAUCAAUAAAUACCAAAGGAUGUACAGUUUUAUUAAAGAAAUAUGAAAAAAUUUGAGAAUUUGUCAUCCUUCAUUAAUUCUAAAGGGCUUUUGUCUGCUAAUUUUAGUAUGCCUAAAUUGCCAGUAAGAGAGUAAAUAAAUGAUUAAGAACAUGAGUAUGUGGAUUACUUACUUGCAAAAAGUUGUAAAUUUUAAAUCAUUUUAGAUAAACUAUAGUAAGAAGGACAGAGAAAAAAAAGUAAAUAAGCGAAAGAAAACUAUGAGUAGUGCUGGGAAUUAGAAAAUUCUGAUUAUGAUUUUGAGUCUCCAAUCAACGUCGGAAAAGAGUUAAACAUAGCGCAUUAAGAUCAAAUAAAAGGAGAAAUAGAAGCAAAAGCAAAAUUGUGGGAAAUUUAAUAAAUUCGUAAGUAUAAAAGGAAAACAACAAAUGUUGAAUUCAAGAGUUCUUAAAAAUCCUCUUACCAUAAUGUUGAAGAUGAUGAUGAAAUAGUUGAAGGUUCUGGUCAUUUGAAUGCAUAAAAUUAUAAAGAAUAAUCAGAUAAGGUAAUUAAAAUGAUUUGGACUGCAGCAAAGAAAAUAUAUAAUAAAAAAUAGGAUCAGAUACAAAAAGAGAUCCUUAUGUAAAAAAUAGCAAAAAAUUACAGAUAAAAGUAAAGGGAUAUGGCUAAGGAAGAAAUUAAUAAAAUCUUAACAACUGGUUAAAAACCACAUUUGACCUUUGCUACUACGGUAAGGCAUCUGCCUAAUAAUAGUGACUCUAAAUUGAAUACCGAUCAAUAUUUUAGAAAAAAAGGGCAAACUUGUCGCAAAUUAUAUGCCCCAUUUUCUUUAACUCCACAACAUCAAUAGGAGGAAAUAAAAUCUAAUAGAAAAAUAUCAUUGAUUAAUUCGAGAUUGCAUGAUAUUGUUAAUCAAAUUGACAACCUACCUGUUGGAGACCAGACUCAGACUAUUAAGAAAAUGGAAAGUGAACAAAUAUUGUACUUUACGUUGAGGGACACUCUAUAGCCAGAUCAAAUCAAAGAUACUUUAAAAGGACUGUUUCAUUCAACAGAUCAUUUAUAUAAAAAACCUUUGAAAUACAACAAGAAACACUUCUAAAAUUAAAUCUUAUGA